AUGGCAAUGCGAGAAGAGAGUGGAAAGCCCCAUCCUGAUCCUCGGGAGGAACAGGAAAGCCGGCUAUGGUCUGUUCUUCCUCAAGAUAUUCUGCGACUAAUAGUUGAACGAUUGUCCCUAGUGGAUUUAAUCCGCCUCCGUGCAGUUUGCAAGGAUUGGCUUCUAGCACCCAUUCAUGACCUUCAACCCAUUCAUAACCUACCAUGGAUUAUGAAUCAUUGGUUAACACUUACUAGUAGGCUAUGCUUACUCUUUGAACCUUUUCGCAGACUGCCCUACGUUAUAGAAGAUACACACGUUAUACCAGGUAAAAUGGGGUUACCACCAGGAAGCAUCGAGCUCCCCGCUGCAACAGUCUGUGCGUCCAGAUCCGGUUGGGUGCUUUUCACCAAAGGGUUGGAGUAUUGUUUAUUUAGAAGGGUAGUUAAAGAUAUGGCAGGCAAUGUUAGGGUUACUUUAUAUCGGAAGGUGGGUAUUACUCGAUAUUUUGUACAUAAUGCUCUCACUAAAAAGAUUAUAACAUUGCCGGGUUUGAAGGCCCCGGAACAUCAAACUUUAUUUAGGGAUGUUGCUGCCACUUUCUCCUCCAUUCCGACUUCUCCCGACUGUGUCUUCUUCGUGUCACAUCCAUCCACUAGCGAUCAAAUUUUUAUCAGCACACACUCUAUAGGGGAUAAAUCAUGGAGGACUCAUACCUUUACCUGUCCCAAUGCGUCGAGUUAUUCUGCUGAGAGUGUGGUUUACAUGGAAGGCAGUUUUUAUUGUUUUAGCGAAAGGGGAUUACUGGCAUCCUUCAAUAUCGCUACCCAAGAGUGGUGGCCGCUGGUGAGCAUAAUGUGGGAUAUGCCACUUUGGCCGAGAGAGAGAUACUUUCUUGAAUACGGUGGACGUCUGAUAAUAGUAUUUAUGGAAAAUGAGUCAAAGUAUUCUGGGACUGAGUGCGAUAUAUUCAGGUUCGAUUGGUUGGAUAGGGUUUGGGUGAAAAUGGAAAGCUUGGAAGGUGGAGCAAUAUUUCUUGGGAAUCCUUGCUUUGGAGUUUCAGCAGGAGAGAAAACAAAAAUGGUUGCAAAUAGGGUUUACUAUUUCCUUUGGCACACACCAACAUUCAUCACUUAUGGGCCUGUAAGUCCAGGAAUCGGAUCUGCAUCCGAGGAAAGAAUAGUUUAUCCUGAUACUUGGGAUCCUGAUCGUUUGUAUGGGAACAGCAACUGGAUAGAUCCCCCUCUGCUCCAGCCUUGGCAAGGUUGA